GGCGCAGCUGAUCGAACAGUGCAACACGAUAGAUUUGAUAUAGCCUACCUACCUUUUCAAAAUCUUCUUAACUUCUUUCAUGUUCAGUUGCUUUGAUUGUAAAAUUUUGCACUUUAGAAACCCGAGUAUUAAUUAAAAAAUUCAAUUCAAUAGGGAAAGACAAGUUAAAGUCUUUGUGUACAAAUAGGUACUAACGUACCUUUCAUAUUUUUCAAUGGCUGAAAUAGAUGCAUUUCUUCUGGAUAUAUUCAAUGCAGAACAAGAAGAACGAGUUCAAAGGCUGAACAGAUUUCAUCAGCUUCGACUAGAAAGACAACAACUUCGAGAUGUAUCAAAUCCUUUUACUUUACCUGCCGAAUUCUUUAGAAGAUAUUACAGAAUGCCUCCACAUGUAGUGAUGCGACUGAUUGGGUUGGUUGAGAACAGACUAAUCAGAGAGAGGAGUACUGCAAUCCCUACACAUCUUUCAGUAUUAAUUACUUUAAGAUUUUUGGCCGAAGGAGGUCUACAAAAAGGUUUCGCACAAGAUUUUGUACAUCCUAUGACUUUAUACGCUUUCCUGGAACAGAAGGGCAAAGAGAACAUAAUUCAAACCGCUUUCAAAGGACUACUAGGAUUCCUGGUAUUAUUGGGGCUGUUGAUGGUUUUAUGGUGACGUUUUAUAGGCCAACAAUAAACGAAGAAGCAUUUUUUAACUAUCGUGUAGGAACUUCCAUGAAUGUACAAAUAAUUGUAGACUCCGACUAUAACAUCCUCAAUAUUCGAGUAUGUCCUGGAAGUAAUAACGACCGGUUCGUCUGGCAAUUUUCAGAAGCUAAAGAAUACAUGGAAGAUCUACGGGCAGAUGAAAAUUUUCCUAAUCGUUACUAUAUAAUAGGAGAUAGUGGCUACACUCCUUCUCGGGUAUUAUUAACACCGGAUCUCAAUGCAGCAGAAGGAUCUCCAGCUCAUGUAUAUACAUUAGAGCAUGUAAGGACUCGAUGCAUUGUGGAGCGUACUAUUGGAAUACUUACCAAUGUGUGGUUAGUUAUUAAUCGAAGUAGAAAAUUGCAUUAUUCUCCAGAAGCAGUAGUAAAUAUUAUUCAUGCUUGUGCUGUUUUGCACAAUUUUCGAAGAAGACAAGGCAUUUUAGAUGAAAAUGAUCAUAAUUUUCAGCCUGCAGAGCUUCGUGAUGAUGUUAAUAGGAGAGGAAGAGGAGAAGCAGCAGAAUAUGCAGCAGGAAUUGCAGAAAGAAACCAUAUUAUUACACAGCAUUUUAUGUAGAUUGUAACAAUUUAUUUUAUUCUUUUUAUAAAUAAAACUUGUGUUCUGGCAUCGUAUAUUGUGGAAUGUAGUAGAUUUUUUUUAUCAUAAAAAAUUAGUUAAGCAUUUCGAUUAAUAUUAAAUUAAAUUAAUUAAAUAAAUUAAAUUGAUUAAUUCACAUAUGGGGAAUAGCAUGUCACCUUCGAAUUUAAAUUAAAUGUAUGAGUCGCCAUUCAUGUCACGAGAUACGAGUGCGCUAUAGUCAUAGUCGUAGUGCGUGUGUCUACGAGCCAACACAAAAUCUCUAAUAAAAAUUCUGUGAGAUAGGGGAUAUGAGACGAUUAUUGUUUUCUCAAUUGUCACAUUUCCUUAAACUCGUCGAGGUUUAUGUAAAUCCGCCCAAAAACGUACUAUCAAUGCUAAAAACAUCGCGUUGCGCAUGCGCAUUGGUAUCUGUUUUAUCAUCAUGUGUCGUGACAGGACGACACACUGGUCUGUGUCGCUGGUUUGACUGUCUCACACGACACGCUUAGACAAUAAGGCCCCUGGGCUCAUCAGUCGGAGUCGGUCCUCGCGCUUGUGUGCAUACAUCCUCUAUACACGUACGUUGCAUAGAGAUAGCGGGAGUUGUGGCUGUUUCGCGGCGCGAUGUUAUUGUCGCGUCGAUACUGGAACAGUAGUAGCCGCUAUCGUCGCUCGACAAGCUCCUAUGAGGGAGACGACUGCUGAGGGACUCGCGCAGACGAUGCAGCUGUAGCUAUACUGGCGGGAUGCAGCAAGGAGCGAGACGACGACGCCGUCGCCGACGCCAUCUCCUUGAGCCACCGCCGGCUCUGGGGCACGACGAUGGCAGUGCAUCGUCUUCCGAUAGCCCGCGUUGAACUGUAGAACCGCAACAAGUAGCCAAAAGCGAAGCGUUAGACAUGGCUGAACCCGGGGGCAGUCAGAAAUCUGCGGGUGACAAUCAAAUUUCUCACAGUCAGAUGGACGUUAACGAAUGCCUUGCUAGCUGGCUCACAUAUCUCCAGAUGCUGAACGGACUCUGCUCGGCUGGGACGAAACUGGCGCUCUCGCUGCAGGCACUCCUAUCGGUUCACGAGAGCGUGGCCCAGUGCAAGCUGACCGGCCAAUGUCUCGCCGGUUGGGAGGAGCUGACCCGAGCGACGAAUGUGGCUAGCCACACGGUCAAGAAGCACGUCGUUGCAGCCAUGAAGGACUACGAGGUCCUCGACAACAGCCGCGUUGAGAAGCACGACAUCCUUCGUGACAAUCUGUUGACCUUCAUAAAUCUCCAAUACCAGUUUUGCGUCGCGUGUUGCAAAUGUUUGGGCAGCAUGGCCGAGUGCUCCUGCUCGCAGGACGGCAGCGAGUGCGACAUAGCCGCGCUGCAGCAGUGCUUCGAGCGACUCUACAGCUCGCCACCGCCGACGGGGGUCUCCUCCGCCUCCUCGACGCAACAGCCCUCACAGCACAGCAGCCACAGGUCCCCUCUGCCCUACUCCCUCUUUCCUCUGCAGGUCCAGAGAAGAUGGUCGGAAACCGCGGCGGCCGACAUGUCCAGCGAAUCUGCCGAGCAGACGCUGCGCAGGUGGUCGAUGCCCUGGGACUGCCGGCACGUGACGGAGUGGCCCAGGCAAGAGGUCAGACGACUGCGGGUGCCGGUUCAGGAUCGCAGCCGAUCCACCACCCCGGACUCGCUCUGGAAGUCGACCAUGACCAGUCAAGACGGCCUGCGAGAGGCGAUACAGCUGCUCUCCUGCAAACCAGGUGUUAAAUUCUCGAGCCAACAGUCGUCCUACGGAGCUCAUCACGUGCCUGGUCUAACGUUAACGACUUGCAGCUACGAGACCAUUGGUUACGAGUCUUCUGCCAUUUGGCCGGAUUCCAGAAGUGUCCACUCCUCCAAGUGCUGGCCCCACGACUCGCACUCCAGCGAUCACUCGGACCAUUCUGGGCAUCGCGACAGUGACCACAGCGUUCACAGUGGAGAACACAGAGACUCGGAACAUAGCGGGGGCAGCGGUAGCGCACACGGCGACAGCAAGGACAGCAUUCACUCGCAUCACAGCGAUUACAGCUGCCACAGAGAAUCUGAUCCUGGUGUAGUGGAUCUACUUUCGUCGCGCAAAAACAGCUCGUCCACAGACUCUUGUCUAUCCGCGCACAGUCGAUCGGGCUCUGAAAGCGCAGCCACCGCUGGGGAAUCGGUUAGAUCGAAUUUAUACUCCAUGUGGAGCGGCAGCGAUUUGUCUUUCAUAAAAUUGCCGGAGAGCAGCGAGAUUCCGGAUGACUCUACGAUUUAAUCGAACAAAGUCAAAAACCCGGCGAUCCCAUCUUCAAGACUAUAAAUAACACCAAAGCCGCUAUUAUAGUGUAGCCAAAUGUUGGAAAGCUUUUUGUAAACAAAAAGUUCCUGACACUCGCGCGCGAAAGUAUAUGCUCAGCUGAGAAGGCACAAUUUCGAAGAAAUUCAUUUGUUGAUAUAUUGUAUAACGAUAGGACCUACGCCUAAGCUGUUUUCAUUCUCAUAAAUAUAUAAAAGUAUAGGAUAUCUAUCUGUACCCCGCUAUCGUUUGAAAAGCCCUUUUCGAAUUAGUUGUUGAAUUUCCUACAAUUUAGAUGUAAAAUCUGCCCAACUGCCAAAACUUCUAAUAGAGCAAUCCGUAUGAAAGACAGUGAAUAGACAUUACAAUAAUGGUGAAUAUACAUGAGUAUAGCGUUUAAUGUACGUUUAUGUUUUCAUAUACAAAAAAUGUCUGAAUAAAAAAUUAAAAAUUA